CAUCGCGCAGUUUCUUCACCUGAGAGUCCCCAUCCGUAACAUCACCACAGCACCGGCACCAAUUGGUCCCAUACCCCCCAUUGAGCAUCACCACCACCGCCAGGUCAUGGUGUUCUAACCUUGUCUCUUACCCCAAUCAUCAUCCUAGACUAGGUCGCUAUUGUACACCACAAUCCAGGCGACAAGAUGUCGGUCGCAAGCAAGAACCUGUUCGAGCUCCUCGGCAACGAUGCCGAAGAUGACACUCCUCAGGCGCCCGUGAAGACGGUUGAGAAGACCACCAUGCGUUCUACCAAGCGCGGUGUCGAGCCCGAGGCUCCUUCCCGUGCCGCCGCCGGUAACACCGGUGCUCCCCGCCGCAACAAUGCCUCUGGCAACGAGGCCGCCUUCCGUGACCGCGGUGCUGGCAGCGACCGUAACCGUGGCAAGACCACCGACGAGCCUGCCAGAGGCGGCCCUCGUGGUGGCUAUGGUGCCCGCGUCCGUGGAGGCCGCGGUGGCCGCUUCCCUCGUGAGCGUGACGACCGCCAGUCCAAGGGCCUCGCCAGCGGUUCCGAGAAGCAGGCUGCCCAGUCUUGGGGCGCCACUGAGGGCGAUGCCGAGCGCAAGGACGAGCAGGCCGGUGAGGCCAUCGCCCAGGCCGAGGCCAAGGAUGCCGAGGCCGAGGCCGCUGCUCCCGUCGAGCCCGAGGAGCCUGAGGACAAGCACAUCUCCUACACCGACUACCUCGCCCAGCUGGCUGAGAAGAAGCUUGCUCUCGAGGGCAACACUGAGGUGCGCAAGGCCAACGAGGGUACCAAGCUCAAGAAGGAGUGGGCCAACGCCAAGGAGGUCGCCCGCGAUGACGAGGACACCUUCAUGAUCGGUACCGGCGGCAAGACCAAGCGCGAGCGUGAGCGCAAGACCAAGCAGCUUUUGGAUAUCGACCAGCGUUACGUCGAGCCUGAGCGCUCCCAUGGCGGCCCCCGUGGCGGCGCCCGUGGUGGUGCUCGCGGCGGUGCUCGCGGCGGUGCUCGCGGUGGUGACCGUGGCGACCGUGGCGGCCGCGGCCGUGGCGAUGGCCCCCGUGGCGGCGCUCCCCGCGCCGGCGGUGCCCCUCGUGGUGGUCGUCGUGAGGGUGGUGCGCAGAUCAACACUAAGGACGAGUCUGCGUUCCCCAGCCUCGGCGGCAAAUAAAAGCCCACGCCACCCAGCACCUAUAUCCGCCCACAUAUAGGCAAGAAUGUGCUCAGACACAUAGUUCCGCUCUAGUCAUCGAUGGAGAACGGAAGGGAAGGGCCAGUUUUCGGAGAAAAUUUGCAGAAGGAUGGUUGCGUCAAGGAUUCCGAGGACUGGGCCGACUGAUUUUCGGUCGAUGCACGAUAAAUGAAAGGCUUUUUUUCAUCUAGGUACUCAAGGACGGUAUCGUUCAAAAAAGUCAAAAAUGGUCUCUUUUGCAUGGUUUCUAAAAAAACGGCCUCUGGCCUGUUGCUGAUUGCGUUGGUUCUGGGUGUAAAUGAAAAGGUUUGACCUACGGUUGGGAAAGAAAUGGUUAACUCGGAUAACUUCAUGCUUCCCAUGAUGGCGCCUCGACAUCUGCUUCACGGUCUUUUUCCGCUCGUCACGCAUAAUGCUACCGCUUUCAGCGAAUCAAGAUACGACGAGAUAGACAUGAAGUCAGUGGAAGUUAGUUCGUCUCCCGCCUUGUCCUUCGCGAAUGCUUGCUAGUGAGCCGCAC